GUCUUGGCAGAGUGCGAAUGCCGCAGGCGCGGGAGAGCCGCCAGUACCCGUCGACCAGCGAUGCUGUGCUGUCUCCGGAAAUAGAGUGGAGGGUUGAAGUGCGCGAGUGUGUGUGCAAAUGACUGGCCGCCCGCUCGACCGGGCCCAAGUUUGACACGAUGUGGACCGAAAGGUUGAAGCUAUGGCGGUUUAUGUUGUGCGCGCUGCUGGCCGUGUCGGCGCUUGCGCUCCUCGCCAGAGCUGACGAUGACGACAUACCUUUAGAGUCACAAUGCCGUCCAUAUAUCGAAAAAGCACUAAAAGAGCUCGAAUCUGGAGACACUGAACCAGAUUCAUCAAGCAAAAACGACUCCAGUGAAGUUACCAUAGAUGACGAAACUAAAGAAAUAAAUUCUGCAGAAGAUAAUGUGAACCAAACUGGAGAAGAUAGCAAAGAAGAUGAAAGCAGUCAAGAAGAUCUUCCCGUCGUCCAAGUCGCAGACGAACCUUACGUGUCUCAAGCUUUUGAAGAAGAUGAAAAAAGUAGAGAAGACAACGAUUCGAAAGAAGAUGCGACUGCAGAAGCUGAUGACAAUGUCAGUGCUGAAGAACAGGUCGAUAGCAAAGAAGACGAUGGAGACAGUGAAGAACAAGCAUCUGCUGAUGAACAAAAUGCCGAAAAAGAUAGUGGUGAAAUCGCAGAAGAGGUAAACGUGGUUGAAACCGAUGAUGAUAAAAGUGAAGAAGAUAACAAAGAGGAUUCAUCAGAAGCAACUGAAGCCGAAAGUCAAGAAGAAGAAUUAGGUAAGGAAAGUGAAGAAACAAGUAAAGAAGGAGACACGGCAGAAGAUGGAACAGAAGAAGCUGAUGAUUCAAAGGAAGAGGGUGCAGAUGCUGAAACGGCCAACAGCAAUGAAGAUGAUAAGAAAGACAAGGACGACGACGGAUCUCAAGAAAAGGCUGAAUCUGAUGAAAAAGACGUGGAAGACAAGGAAGACAGUGGUUCUGAAGAGGUAAAGGAUAACAAAGAAUCAAAGGAAGAAAAUGAAGACGAAACUGAGGCUGAAACUGAAGUAGAAGAGAAAGUUGAAUCUGACUCGACAGCAGAUUCCGAAGAAACUCCAGCCGAAACGGCAGAUGAAUCUGCUGAAGCGAGUGAGGACGAAGGUGAGAAAUCGGCAGAGGCUGACGAGGCUACUGAUAAUGAAUCUGAAAAGUCUGACGAAGCAGACGGCGAAAAGUCAGGAGAGGCUGAGGUAGAUAAAUCAGGAGAGGUCGACGAAGACAAGCCAAAAGAGGCUGAAGAAGAUAAGUCAGCAGAAGCUGACGAAGAAGCCACUGAUGGCGGCAAAGACGCCAAAUCAGGAGAAGAAGAAGAAUUGCCAGAGGAAGAAUUAUUGAAGACAGGAGAAAUCCCGGAGAAUCUGAGAUCGCGUGACCAUAUCAUCCAGAUAUUGAGAUUAGACGAAGAAGCCAGCGAGGCGGAGUUAAUCAUAGAAAAAUCAGCAGAUAUCAUACUGCGAGAUUUGAAGAGAGUUUACGAGAAUUCCAUAAAGCCUUUGGAAGGGCUUUACAAAUACAGGGACUUAAGUAACAGACACUUUGGUGAUCCAGAAAUAUUUUCUAAGCCUUUAGUAUUAUUCAUGGGACCAUGGAGCGGAGGAAAAUCAAGUAUUUUAAACUAUUUAACCGGUUUAGAGUUCACCGAGUGGUCUUUGAGAACUGGCGCUGAACCAUCACCAGCCUACUUUAACAUUCUAAUGCACGGUAAAGAUCCAGAAGUGCUUGACGGGACUCAACUGGCAGCCGAUUGGACAUUCUCCGGAUUACAAAAGUUCGGCCAAGGAUUAGAGGAGCGCCUUAGAGGUCUCAAAUACCCUAGCAAACUAUUAGAAAAGGUUAAUAUAGUUGAAAUUCCCGGCAUAUUGGAAGUUAGAAAGCAAGUGUCCCGUGUGUUCCCGUUCAACGACGCCUGCCAGUGGUUUAUCGAUCGCGCAGACAUUAUCUUCCUCGUCUACGAUCCCUCCAAGCUCGACGUCGGACCUGAAACUGAAGCUAUACUCGAUCAACUCAAGGGUAGAGAAUCUCAGACACGUAUCGUCCUUAACAAAGCAGACACUGUAAAACCUGAGGAAUUAAUGCGGGUUCAAAGCGCUCUGAUAUGGAACAUCUCACCGUUGAUGAGUUCAGCUCAACCUCCAGUCAUGUAUACAGUGUCAUUAUGGUCAAUGCCAUUUGAAGCAAGUGCACCGGCCCGGUUACUUCUGGCCCAAGAGCGGGAGCUACUGAGGGAUCUUCGCCAAGCAGUUGACAGACGUAUUGAGAAUAAGAUCGCCAGUGCUAGAAGAUUCGCGGUCCGUGUAAGAAAUCACGCUAAAAUGGUUGACUGUUACCUGACAACCUAUUACAACCACAAGACCAUUUUCGGCAACAAGAAACUGAUUGCCGACGCUAUCAUAGAAAACCCUCAAAAUUACCACAUUUACGAGGGACUGAGCACACUAACAAACAUUUCUAGAUACGAUCUUCCCGAUCCGGAAACCUACAGGGACUUCUUCAGACUCAAUCCCCUUUACGAGUUCCAACAGUUGUCCGCGACGUGCACUUAUUUCCGCGGCUGUCCCAUCACGCGGCUCGAUGUUGCCAUCGCCUACGACCUGCCCGAGCUCGUCGGCAAAUAUAAGAAGAUGGUGGAGACCGCUACCCCCCAGGGCAUGCCCAAAAGUUGAGACAAAUUAACCCCCUUACCUUGUAACGCCUGCUUUUUUAUUUUAGCAAAUUGGUAUAGAUAAUUAUUUUUGGGCACAUUAUGCAUUUCUUUAUCUAAUUUGGCGUCGAAUCACAUUUUUUAAAAGUUUCCUCCAUAAAUCGCAUUUCGUAUUCGUUCGUUGUUACCUUAAUUUGCUUAAACACUCGCUUGUUCCUGUUUCUUUUUUUACGUGAAUGGUGUCGUGUCGAAUGUUUUAAAUAUUUUUAUGGGUGUAUUUUUCAAGAUAGGAGAUGCAAGCCAAUUUCCAGUUUCCUUUUAAACACAGUUAUCAAAAUUUUAUGAUUUAUAUCUAGUCAUUAUGUUAAAGUUUGUUAGUGAAAACGUUGUUAAUUUAUUUAUUUAUUGGGGCGAGUUCCUUGAAUUUUAGGUCUUAAGUACCAUAUGUAUUAAUGCGGUCUCUGCCAUGAUUCAUCUUGUUCGAAGGAGGCGCAAUAUGGAUAUUUUAUGGUUAAUA